GGUCGGGUCACAUGAAGUGCGCCUUAGCGGAGAGAUUGCGAAUUGGCGGGGGCUGAACGUUCAAUGGAGCGGGGCUGCGGAUCGCGAGCAGUGCUGGGGCUCCUAGCGGUGCUGGCAUUUUGCACUGGAGACGGCGAAGCCCGAACUAAAGCAGCCCCGCACUUGGCACGGGAGGGAGGAAAAAUGAAUGUCCUCUUCAUCAUUGCUGAUGAUCUGCGCACCAGUCUGGGAUGCUAUGGAGAUACUACCGUCUUAUCACCAAACAUUGACCAACUUGCAUCCAAGAGCUUUGUUUUCAAUAAUGCUUUUGCCCAACAAGCUCUCUGUGGACCCAGCAGAACAUCGCUCCUGACCAGCCGACGCCCCGACACCACCCGCCUUUAUGAUCACCAUUCCUAUUGGAGGACUCAUGCAGGGAACUACACUACGCUGCCCCAGUACCUGAAGAUGAAUGGCUUCCUGACCAUGUCAGUGGGUAAAGUCUUUCACCCAGGAAUCGUGUCCAAUUAUACUGAUGACUAUCCGUACAGCUGGUCGUUCCCUCCAUUUCAUCCUUCAACACAGAAAUAUAAAAAUGCCAAGGUGUGCAAAGGACCAGAUGGUAAAAGAUAUGCAAACCUGGUCUGUCCAGUGGAUGUGGAGGAGAUGCCAGAGCGCACACUGCCUGAUAUCCAGAGCACGAAUGAAGCAAUUCGUUUACUGAAAAAUACGAAAAACACCGGAAGCUCGUUCUUUUUAGCCGUUGGUUAUCAUAAACCACACAUUCCACUCAAAUAUCCACAGGAGUUUUUAAAAUUGUAUCCACGCGAAGAGAUCCACCUUGCACCUGAUCCCAAAGUCCCAUUGAAACUACCUCCAGUGGCGUAUAAUCCAUGGACUGACGUGAGAUCAAGACAUGAUGUCCAGGCACUCAACAUCAGUUUUCCAUAUGGACCCAUUCCUGAUGACUUUCAGGUGCUGAUCCGCCAGAGUUACUUUGCUGCAGUCUCUUAUAUGGACAGUGAAGUGGGCCGACUGUUGAAUGCAUUGGAGGAGGAGGGGCUGGCCAAUAAUACAAUCAUCGUGUUUACGUCUGACCACGGUUGGUCACUGGGUGAGCACGGCGAAUGGGCCAAGUACAGCAAUUUUGACGUGGCAACUCGCGUCCCUUUGAUGCUUUACGUGCCAGGGCUGACUGCGACUUCACCUCUUCCAAAGCAAAGGAUAUUUCCCUUUAUCAGUCCUCUUACCAGUAAAGUGGGGAAGCUGCCAAGAGUCUCAAUGGUGGAAACCAAUGUGGAGUUGGUUGACCUUUUCCCAACGCUCUGUGAGCUCCUUGGAUUACCUGUGCCACCUGCGUGUCCCUCGUCUUCCUUUCACGUGGAGCUGUGCACGGAAGGAUGGGCUCUGGCCAGUCGUUUAAACGCUGACACCACCAGAAGCAAGGGAGAAUCAUUUGCCUUCACCCAGUAUCCCCGGCCAGCAGACAAACCCCAGCUGAACUCCGACAUCCCUCUGCUGAAGGAUAUUCGAAUCAUGGGGGUCAUCAAGUGAUGAGGAUGAAUGUCCCUGGUGACGAUGUCUGGAGGACGUAUGUCCAGCUACAGCUCCUCUCAGGCUCCAUGGAUCAGAUGCACUGACUGAGGAACAUUGAGGAGGUUCAGAACAGAUCCAAAGUCAAAGCAAAUUUAUUAUCAACGUAUGUAUGUAUACAGUGUGUCACCAUGUACUACCUUGAAAUCCAUUUUCUUGUGGACAUUUGCAAGAAAAUAAAUACAAUAGAAAUUGUGGAAAAAACUAUACAUAAAUAUCCAAUGUGUAAAAGAAGGCAAAUGGUAUAAGUAAAAAUAAUAAAUAAUAUGAGAACGUGAGUUGUAGAGUCCUUGAUUGUGAGUUUGUAGGUUGUGGAAUCAGUUCAGAGUUUAGGUGAUUGAAGUUAUCCACACUGGUUCAGGAGCCUAAUGGUUGAAGGGUAAUAACUGUUACUGAACCUGUUAGUGUGGGACCUAAGACUUUUGCGCCUCCUGCUGACUGGUAGCAUUGAGAAGAGAGCAUUGCCUGGGAUGGUGGGUGUACUUGAUGAGGGGUGUUCCUUUCUUGUGGCAGCACUCCAUGAGGGGGCAGGCUUUGCCUGCGACGGGCUGGAGUGUACCCACCACUUUCACUUUGCACUCUUUGUUUCUUGACUAUUGAACAAGGUUUGUUACUUGACUAUUAGGAGCAGGACUGUGACUGAGCUGUGAAGCUUAAAGGUGUGGACUGCCUAAUAUUUCACUAAGGGAAGGUCCUUUGUGGUUAUGGCCAUUAGGCCUAAACUGACAUUUCUUUCAAAUGUCCUCAAUGGAAUGGGAAGGACUGAUGGUGCAAAGCAGAUUGUUUAAAGCGACGUGGAGUUUCAGUUGCAUGGAUACACUAAAGAUAAAGAAUAGCUUUAUUUGUCACAUGUUUGGGCCCGAGGCCCUCUGUUGGUUGGUUUCGAGCGUGGUUGUUGUGUCCUAGCUGUUCUAGUGAUAUGCAAACCAGGACAGUGUGUUGUGGAGGGCAAGCUGUUGCCCAUACAGCAGGCUCCCCUGAUGAGUCCAAAGGAAUGGCAGAGACUGAAGAAGUUUGGCACCAGCUGCAUCGCAGGAGUUGCCAGUCAGUGUUGGACUCGAUGUAGGACUGCCUUAGGGACUCCAGCUCUGGAUUUUUCCCUCCGUGUUUACUCCCAAAAUCCUCCCCAUGAGUGGGUCUAGCUGCAAAACAGUGGAGGUUUGAGAUCAGAGUUUUCCUCCUCAAUGAGCUGCCAGCCCUGGCUGACGUGCCUUAUUUGCCUGGUGCAAUUGGUUUUAAGGUGCCAGUAACCCACAUUUUCCCCUUCUCCUGCCAGUGGAAAAGAAAGGUCCCGCCGGACUUAGUUGCUUAGCCGCACGUGAAGGGCAGGAGCACCAGUGGGAGCAUUUAAUAGAUAGCGAGAGCUUAUCUCCACUACCCUCUCCGGACCCACCCCUGACUAUAAAAACCUUAAGGAACUGUGUUACUUGUACAUUGAAACAGACAGUGAAAUGUGUUGUGUGUGUCAAAUCAAAUCAGUGACACUUGUGCUGAGCAGCCCGCAAGUUUUGCACGCUUUCAGUGGCAGCCGAGCAUGCUCACUGCCCACAACUCACUAAAUCUAACCCAUACAUAUUUGGAAUGUGGGGGGGGGGGAGUGGCUGACAUAGGGAGAAUGUACGGACUCCUUAGAACAGCUAGAAGGAAUCAAGGCCCAGUCCGCAGAGAACCAAGAACUGUCCUGGUUGGAGCCAAGGUUGAGCAGGGCUCAGCAUUGGGUCUGUGAGUGGCAAAUGAUGUAGCUCGUGGGGCUGCUGUCCGUCUUCCAGUUUCAGUCCUAACCCACCACUGUAGGUGUUGUGUUCGGAUUUUCUACCUGCGACGGCAUGAGCUUCCUCUUCCUGUGACAUUCUGAAUAUUUGAUUAAUUGUCCUCUGCAGUUUGUUCUUGAAAUAUGCAGGAAAUAAGAUAUAGAUCCUGGGGGGGGGGUGGGCGGAGGAGGCUUGAUGGAAGUAUGAGAAGAAUAGAUUAUAAGAAAAUUUCACGGUGAAUAUAAAUAUUUUGAGACUCCAGGCCAGUCUCCUAGGUUAGGUACAUUGGCCAUUUUAUUAGGUACACCUAUACACCUGCUCAUUAAUGCAAAUAUCUUAUCAGCCAAUCAUGUGACAGCAACUCAGUGUUUAAAAGCAUGCAGAGAUGGUCAAGGGGUUCAGUUGUUGUUUAGACCAAACAUCAGAAUGGUGAAGAAAUGUGAUCGAAGUGACUUGCUGUGGAAUGAAUGUUGGUGGUUUCAGUAUCUCAGAAACUGUUGAUCUCCUGGGAUUUUCAUGCUUGACAGUCUCUAAAACUGAAGUUCCCAAUCUGUGGCUCACUGACCCCUUGCUUAAUGGUAUUGGUCUCUGGCAUAAAAAGGUUGGGAACCCCUUCUCUAGAGUCUGCAGAAAAUAGUGCGUAAAACAAAACACAGCGAGCAGCAGUUCUGUGGGCAAACACGUCUUGUUAAUGAGAGGGGUCAGAGGAGAAUGGUCAGACUGGUUCAAGCUGACAGGAAGGCAACAAUAACUCAAAUAACCACGCAUUAGAAUAGUGCUGUGUGGGAGAGCAUCUCUGAAUGCACAGCACGUUGAAUCUUGAGGUAGAUGGGCUAAGGCAGGAGAAGAACAAAUCGGGUUCUACUCUUGUACCUAAUAAACUUGCCACUGAGUAUAGAAAUAUGGAAUAUAGUGCAACAACAAAAGAAGUUGUCCCCACAGACAGGAUGUUUAAUAACCAGAGGCAUUGAAGAUCCAGGGGUCAUCAUUAAAGAGAUACCAUUCUAUACAAGGAUCAUCGUGAUCGGAAUUUACACCUUUAAAGAGGUGUGGGAAAGAAAAGAUUCACUUGUUUUUAUUUCCCAAAUGGGACCAUACAGAUGCUGGAGAUCAAAAAAAGUUGAGCUUUUGGGUAAUGGGAUUGACUGGAUUGCUUAGGCAGAGAGCCAGACUUAAUUUGGGGGCCGCAUAGGACAAUGUAAAAAUCAACGUAGGUAUUCCUAAUUUGAUCUGAAGGAUGUAAUAGGAAGAAUGCAGACAAUUGUUGAUUUCUACUUUUUUGAGUUGAAUUUGCAAGCAUCUAACAUUACGAUCCACUGAUGUUUUAAGUACUUGCAAUUGUCAGCAUUGGAGACAUAUGGUAUUUUGUAAAACACCAUCUCGGACUCAUUUGUAACUAUUUUCACUCGUGUAAGCUGCUUUUGAGGUCCCCACAGUCAAUUUGAGUGUGGUGAAUGACAGCAAUGCUUCCUGACCCUGACCCCUGCUGGCAAAAGAGGAGAUAUCUACUGCAGGAACAAAUUGAAUUCUGUAAUUAUUUACAAUACGCUUGUUUUGAUAACAUAGCUGUACUGCAAGUCAUAAG